AUGUCAGACUACGACAAGAUCAAGCUCAUCGAGGAGUAUGCGCCGGACCUGGCCGCCACCGUGGUCGUCACGGCGGUGCUCGUCCUCGCCGCCUACUUCCUCACAAACCUGAUGGAGCCAAAGGAGGCCACUAAUGGCCAUGCCAAGAAUGGCAAGGAGGCGACGAAUGGCCAUGCCAAGAAUGGCACGAAUGGCCAUGCCAAGAACGGCAACAAGGCCAAGAAUGGCAAGAAGGACGAGACAAGUGAGGAAGUGAACCUCCUGGCGGAGUACGGCCGUGCCUGGUGCCUGCAUCAAUUCGUGCCCUUCGUCGACAAGCUUGUCUUGGGCAGCUACGGGCAGGCUAUGGACAACCGCAUGCUGAAGCCUUGGGACCAGGGCCCCGACGAUUGGAUGAUCCGCUUGCCGCUCCUGGUCCUCUCCUUCCUCUUUCCCAUCCCCUCGGUGCUCCUCAUUGCGCAUGUGGCCAACAUCGUCUCGUGGUUCUACUGGAUGCCGGCGGUCUGGGACCACAUGGUCUGGGCGGCCCUCCUGGAGUUUACCUUCGUCUUGGCCGCGCUCGCGGGGGGCGGCAAGGAGGCGGUGGCGAAGAGGUUCCUCCCCGCAGCGCGCAUGGAGCUCUGCGUCCUGUACUGGAGCGCGGCGUUUUGGAAGCUGACCACCAGUUGGUACACCGUCCGAGGCUCCUGCGCACCGGUUCUGCUCUCGGAGCUGAUGGCCGGGCUCUUCACACCGGAGCUGGUUCCUGCGGGCAGCCUCUUUGCCAACACCUUCAUGAAGAUUGCACCCGUCUUCGUCGCCGCCCUGGAGUUUGCGGUGGCCUACUGCCUCACCUUCAGGCCGGCUGCUGGUGUGGUGCUGGCUUUGGCCUUCCACCAGACCAUCAACUUGAUGCCGAUGACCUAUGCCGGGGGCUUUUCCAUUUCGAUGUGCUGCCGCUUCGUGAUCUUCCUCCCAGGCAUCGUCACGAAGGCCCUCGGCAAGUCUGAUUCGCUGCUCCUUCCGCUGUCCCUAUGCGUAGCGAUUGGAGCGGCCAUGUUUGCCAUCCACUCGGGCGUCGACACCGCCUGCGUUCUCUUCCUAACCCUGGGCUUCCUCUACCUCCGGGGAAUCAUGAGUGGGCACCGUGCCAGCCGCUUGGGGGGAGCUGCCUGGCUCUCUUUCCUCGCCAUCCUCGUGGGCUUUGUCUAUGGCUUCCUGGCACCCGUCUUUGGCGUCAUGGCUAUGGCUUCCAGCACCAUGUACGGCAACGUGAAGCAGUGGGGUGGCACCAAUCACCUCGUCGUCCCUACCGGCUUACUCCAGGAGCACUUCGCGGACCCCAAGAACACGGAGCCUGCCUGGGCCAUGGACGCCUUCGGCGGUGGCCUCAUCCGCGUCGACGAGACCACGUCCCCCACCAUGCGUGAGCUGUGUCCUGCCGAGGCCACCCACCUCAUGCUCCCUUAUGCGCGAGACCUCCUCGUGGGCGUCGGCACUCCGGGACGCUACUUCGAGCUCUACGCAGCACGGAACUACUACAACCGCGACGAUGACCACGGUUCCUCAGCACUUCACAACCGUGGCAACACCACGGUGGAGGUCACGCAGCCGCCCUACGUCGAACCAGCCUAUGAGCUCCGGCGGGUGCUCUCUUUGGCACGCAAGAAGGGUGAGAGCUUCACCCUGAAGUACACGCCGGUACCUUGGUUUGGGACCCCCAAGAGCUACGCAGAGUACCAGGGGGAGCAGGUGGUCCUAGAGGAGAGCAACGGCAAGCGCACCUGCACCAAAGGAGGCAAGCCCUGCGAGGACUCGGAGAUUGCCCUCCAACCUGCGCCCCAGUACUGGUUGACAAAGGUCUUGCACCCGUAUCCCCUUCCAAUCCUGCCCGGCGACACGCGCGAAGUUCACUGCAGUACCUGA